UAACGCAUCAUGGUCUGUCAAGUGUCGCUGCUCGCUAAAUGAUCAGAUUGUUAGGCCUCUGCUCUGUGAUUGGCUUGCUGUGAUUCAUGUGAGCGAUAUUCUUUGGUGGUUGAUAUCUGCUUGGAAGAGCUGUGUAAGCUACCAGACGAAGCAGAGCUGCUGCUGCAGACGGGAGAGGGGGUGUGUCAAGGCGUCAUAAAACCCACGUUUGCUUUUAUCAUUAUUUUUAAUAUAAAGAAGGCAAUAAGGAAAAAAAAAAAAAAAAAAAAAAAAAAAAAAAACAACAACACAGUAUAUUCCUGCUUUGGGGGUUAGGCUGUUUAUACCCCAUCCGAUGAACUGCACCAGGUAAGAAGGGUCCUGCACAUCUUGAAUUCAAGACCAUUGCCAAACCCUAUUAUGCCCGUUGAUGUAGCAAUGAGGCUCUGUCUUUCUCAUUCACCUCCCCUGAGGAGUUUCCUUAGCUCGUAUGAAGAUUACAGAGGGAGAAGCCUUGUGAACAGAUUGAAACCAAUGAGACCUUGUAUCAAUUUAAAAAAUGAAUCCGAGGCAACAAGCCCAGAAUGGAGAAGCCCCAAGACCAAGUCAAAGAAACGAGUGGUGUUUGCAGAUUCAAAGGGUCUGUCACUUACUGCUAUUCACAUCUUCUCUGAGUUUGAAGAUAAUCCGAUGUCUGAUCUGCAGUUUGAUCUGGCUGAUUUAGAAGAUGCGACAGCUGGUUUGAAACUAAAUGAAGAAAAGAACUUGGUUAUGGAUUUUUCCCAGCCUGCUGCAGAUUACUUGGAAUUCAGGAAUCGGCUAAAAAAGAACUUUGUCAGUCUGGAAAACUGUUCCCUGCAGGAAAGAUCACUUGCUGGGACUGUAAAAGUGAGGAAUGUAAGCUUCGAGAAAUCUGUCCAUAUCCGGAUAACCUUUGACACUUGGAAAAACUGCACAGAUGUUGAAUGUACCUUUAUGAACAAUGUUUAUGGUUGCUCUGAAACAGACACCUUCUCUUUCAUCAUUAACCUGCCUAAUUUUGUGCCUCCUCACGAGCGCAUUGAGUUCUGUGUUUGUUUCAAAAGCAAAGACCAGACAUACUGGGACAAUAAUGAUGGACAGAACUAUAGAGUGAUCCACACUGAAUGGAAAUCCGAUGGUAUUCAGGCUCCAACAUCCAUCCAGAAUGAAAGUCCAUCCUAUAACAAUCACAGUAAAAUUCAAGAAGUGGAGUUUGAUCAGUUUGGUAGUCCAAGGACAUCCAACGGACUGUUUCCUGAAUGGCAAAGUUGGGGGAGGUUUGAGAACACAGCCCCCUAUUGGUGAACCCUUGCAACAUCUUGAAAUACAUGAACACCAACUCUUAUCUCAAAAGCUUUUGCAAUGCUUCUGCAGUAAAUAAAACCUAAAGGGUUAAAUGCAACUUGGAUCAAUAAAACUCAAAAGUUGCAAAUAUUAUACAAAUCGUCAAAGUUAUCUGCAACCAGAGAGGCCAACAUUGCUGUUGUAUGUGUGUUUGGUAACAGGGUGGGAGGAGAGUGUUAUGCUAUUGACUCUAACAAAGAUUAUAGUACCCCCAACGUUUCAUUAAAAACAGUUUUGAACUGCCUUUAGUAAAGCUUGUAAAAACUACAAUUAACCAGGUCUGAAGCAUCACAACAAACAUUACCAACAUGCUCUAAACAACUAAUUCAGAUUUAAAAAAAAAACAGUCGUCUCAUUUAAAUGAAACACGGUGUGGUAUACGCUAUGAGUAAAAGCAUGAUAACACAUACAACUAUAUGCAGUUAAUAGAUACCUUUUUGAUUGUUCUAGCAAAACUUCCUUAGUCUUUUUCUAAAUCUGUAAAAAGCACUUUAGUAUGCCUCUGAGUUUAUGAUAUCAUAGCCUUUAAGUGCAUACAAUAAUAACAAGCACUGUUACAAUGAUUGAAAUGUGGAAGGCUCAUACCUUAUCUUUAAGGAAAAAAAAAACAAAACAAAGCAUUUGAUUUAUUAUUUAUGGCUUCCACUCAAAUGGUUUUAAUGGCUGCAUGCACUUUUCCAAUCCACUGCAUUUUUGUUAAUCAUUUAGUUUUCAUUUGAUUGAAGUAGCUUUAAUUCAAGACUAACAAUAAAAAUAAUAAUUAAAAAAAAAACAAAAACAAAAAAAAUUGUAUUAAAAAUGAUUUUCAAACUUCUAUCUUUUCCCAUUUCAUACUUAACAUUUAAAAUGAAAGCUGUCAUGGAGUUAAGUAAAGAAUGUGCUGUACGGCAUGAAUAAUAUAAUUUCAUAAAAUUCAGCACCUAACAGAAAAAGUGCCUUUUGCUGUCAUCAGAUGCCAAAAUGUUUAAUAUUUAUGUAAUUUCCCAACAUAAUUAAGGCUUUCGACUAAGUUGUAAUUAUACUGAUUGGUUAAAACAAUAUUUAUUUUUAUCACAGCAAUGACUUGACUGUCACUGCAUUUUCUAGUAUUAUAUUUGAUGUAAACCACCUGAAUGUUUUUUUUCUUUUCUUUUUUUUUUUUAAUUCAGUGGUGAACAGUUUGCACUGUUUGAACAAACACCUUUACUAUUCUGAAUGUGAAUCAAGAGAGUACAGGUACAGCUGUAAAAUCCUUCAUGUUGAAGGGUGUUCAUUUUGUGGUACCUUUAAAAUAAUGAAAUACUUUCAAGAAAAAGUGGAAAUAACUAAAUGUUAAGUGGCUUCCUGCUUGCACUUAAAUGUAUGCCUGUAUUUUAAAAUCACAAUUUGAAGAUUUAGAUUGUUGAUCAGUUUGUGCACAACACAGUACUUGCUGCUAUGUUUCGUACUAUUGUAUUCUCUGUAUUGCUUUUAUUAACCCUAAACUAUGUUUUAAGUGUGAUGGUACGGAGUAUUUAUGUUCCCUCUGAGUGAAAAAGGAAUGUGUGGUUAUAAAGUGUGAGAGGGGGACUGUGAUAGUGGAUGCAAAGUUUUUGUCAUUUUUUUUUCAUUGUGUGUUACGAAAUGCAGGCCAAUGUUAAUGGGAGAUAUGUUAGUCUGUUAUUGUUUUCUGAUUGAUAUAUAUGGUCUGAACUACUUUUUUAGAAGUGCAAUGUGAAGCAGAAUGUUAAUUGGUGUAGCACAAAUCUCCGUGCCUCACACAUAAAUAUUUUUCUACUGUAAAGAAAUGUCGCUGUAUGAAAUAAUUGUUUUCUGUAAUAUGUUCCUUUAAGAAAUACAUUUUUAUAUUGCAAAAAGACUGAGUUGUUUAAAGAAACCGACAGCAGUCUAGAACAGUUUCAUGAGCAUCAAACUGGAUUUGAUUCACUUAAAUUCACUUAAAUAUUUGUGUGCACAAGUUUAACACAUUCAGUUAUCCUAGAUCCUGUCGUUUCAAACUAGAUUUGACCAUGACCAUGUUUCUAUAACAUAAUUUAUAAAUGAGAUACUAUGCACAGGAAACCAAUACAUAAAUAAUGUUUAAAGAAUGCACACAUUCUACUGUCCACAGUAUAGCUGUUUGUCUCCUUUAAUUAAUAGAUCAUUUGAUAGGGUGUUAGUUUUAUUUUACUCCUGAAAGAUUUUUAAUUUUUUUUUUUUUUUUUUACUGUAAUUUGUUACAAAUCAUACUUUUUU